UGGCGGGGGGGGUUUGAUUUCCAUCACCCCUAGGGAGAGAGGAUCGGGGACCCGCUGAUCUUCCAGCUCCCCUCACCCAACAUCGUGCACGUUGCAGAGAGGCCUCUUUGUCCCGAUGAACACUCGUGUGGCAGGCAGAUGACUGUCCUUCACCCCGAGCUGCUCUAGGUGCCCAGGACGCCGUCCAGCAGGGAAAGGAUGGAUUCCAAAGAGGAAAGCUCGCACGUGUGGCCUCCGGCUGCAGAGCAUGAGGAGGAUGCUGCACAGGUGCAUUUUGUUCCAGACGCUGGAACUGUGGCCCAGAUUGUCUACACCGAUGACCAGGUCCGUCCACCGCAGCAGGUGGUAUACACGGCAGAUGGUGCCUCUUACGCGUCAGUGGAUGGUCCGGAGCACACGCUGGUCUACAUCCAUCCCGUGGAAGCUGCGCAGACGCUGUUUACAGACCCAGGCCAGGUAGCUUAUGUCCAACAGGAUGCUACAGCUCAGCAGAUGCUGAAAAAUUUUACAUUCCCACCAACAGUGUAUGAGAUCGCUCAUUUCCACACGCCCUUGCCACACUGGGCCUCGUUGCCGGUGCACAACCAGGUGUUACCUUCAAUUGAGGGUGUGGAUGGCUCGGACCCUUUGGCGACCCUGCAGAACCCCAUGGCUAGACUGGAGGCCAAGGAGGAGGAGGAGGAGGAAGAGGAGGAGGAGGAGGAGGAGGACUCAGAGGAGGAGGAGGAGGAGGACGGCGAAGACACAGACCUGGACGACUGGGAGCCUGACCCCCCUCGGCCCUUCGACCCGCACGACUUGUGGUGUGAGGAGUGCAAUAGCGCACACCCUUCCGUGUGCCCGAAGCACGGCCCCCUGCAUCCGAUCCCGAACCGGCCGGUGCUGACUCGGGCGCGGGCGAGCCUCCCCCUGGUGCUCUACAUCGACAGGUUCCUGGGCGGUGUGUUCUCCAAAAGGCGUAUCCCCAAGCGCACCCAGUUCGGCCCCGUGGAGGGGCCCCUGGUCAGGGAGUCGGAGCUGAAGGACUGUUACAUCCACCUCAAGGUUUCUCUUGAUAAAGGUGACCGAAAAGACAGGGAUUUGCAUGAAGACCUGUGGUUUGAGUUGUCUGACGAGACCCUUUGUAACUGGAUGAUGUUUGUGCGCCCGGCCCAGAAUCACCUGGAGCAGAACCUGGUGGCUUAUCAGUAUGGCCACCACGUGUACUACACAACAAUCAAGAACGUGGAGCCCAAGCAAGAGCUUAAGGUGUGGUAUGCUGCUUCCUAUGCCGAGUUUGUGAACCGGAAGAUUCAUGACAUUUCCGAGGAAGAAAGGAAAGUUCUUCGAGAGCAAGAGAAGAAUUGGCCCUGCUACGAAUGUAACCGCCGAUUUAUAAGCUCAGAGCAGCUGCAACAGCACCUCAAUUCGCACGAUGAGAAACUGGAUGUCUUUAGCAGAACGAGAGGCAGAGGAAGAGGACGAGGCAAGAGGCGGUUUGGCCCCGGUCGACGGCCGGGACGCCCUCCCAAAUUUAUCCGCUUGGAAAUAACCAGUGAAAAUGGGGAAAAGUGUGAUGAUGGGACGCAGGACUUGCUGCAUUUUCCCACCAAGGAGCAGUUCGAUGAGGCUGAACCUGCAGCUCUGAAUGGGCUGGACCAACCGGAGCAGCCCCCGCCCCCAGUCCCUCAGCUGCCACCGGAAGCCCAGCCUUCUCUGGAGCACGAGACGGAAACGCACGAGCUGCACCUGCAGCCCCAGCACGAGGAGAGCGCGCUGCCCGCCCAGAGCGCCCUGACGGCCGACGACAUGCGCAGGGCCAAGCGCAUCCGGAAUGCAGCUCUUCAGCAUCUGUUUAUUCGGAAGUCCUUCCGGCCUUUUAAAUGUUUGCAGUGUGGGAAGGCCUUCCGUGAAAAGGACAAACUGGACCAACACUUGCGCUUCCAUGGGCGGGAGGGGAGCUGCCCGUUGACCUGUGACCUCUGUAACAAGGGCUUCAUCAGCAGUGCGUCCUUGGAGAGCCACAUGAAGCUCCACUCGGACCAGAAGACUUACUCUUGCAUUUUUUGCCCAGAAUCCUUUGACCGCCUUGAUUUGUUGAAAGAUCACGUGGCCAUUCAUAUCAGUGAUGGCUACUUCACCUGCCCAACUUGUAAGAAACGGUUCCCAGAUUUUAUCCAGGUGAAAAAGCACGUGCGAAGCUUCCACUCGGAGAAGAUCUACCAGUGUACGGAGUGCGACAAGGCCUUCUGCCGCCCCGACAAGCUGCGGCUGCAUAUGCUCCGGCACUCAGACCGUAAGGACUUCCUGUGUUCUACGUGUGGGAAGCAGUUCAAGCGCAAAGACAAGCUACGGGAACACAUGCAGAGGAUGCACAACCCUGAGAGGGAGGCCAAGAAAGCCGACCGCAUCAGCCGCUCCAAGACGUUCAAGCCGCGCAUCACGUCCACAGACUACGACAGCUUCACGUUCAAGUGCCGCCUGUGCAUGAUGGGCUUCCGGAGACGAGGCAUGCUGGUAAAUCACUUAUCAAAGAGGCACCCAGACAUGAAGAUAGAAGAGGUGCCAGAGUUAACUCUACCCAUCAUAAAGCCCAACCGUGACUACUUUUGUCAGUAUUGCGAUAAGGUCUAUAAAAGUGCCAGCAAGCGAAAAGCCCAUAUCCUGAAGAACCAUCCUGGGGCUGAGCUCCCACCAAGCAUUCGGAAACUUCGUCCCGCUGGCCCUGGAGAACCAGACCCCAUGCUGAGCACCCACACGCAGCUCACAGGCACUAUCGCUACCCCGCCCGUGUGCUGCCCUCAUUGCUCCAAACAGUACAGCAGCAAGACCAAGAUGGUACAACACAUUCGAAAGAAGCAUCCAGAGUACGCCCAGCUCCCCAACACCAUACACACGCCUCUGACGACAGCCGUGAUCAGUGCGGCUCCAGCUGUUUUAACUACUGACAGUGCUACCGGAGAGACUGUGGUGACAACAGACUUGCUAACCCAGGCUAUGACGGAACUGUCCCAGACCUUAACGACGGAUUACCGAACGCCGCAAGGGGACUACCAGAGAAUCCAGUACAUUCCUGUCUCGCAGUCUACGUCUGGUCUACAGCAGCCUCAGCACAUACAGCUGCAAGUGGUGCAGGUGGCCCCGGCCACCUCCCCUCACCAGUCCCAGCAGUCCACAGUGGACGUCGCCCAGCUCCACGAUCCUCAGACCUACACGCAGCAUGCCGUCCAGGUGCACCACCUCCAGGUCACGGAGCCCCCCGCCCCGGCCGCGCCCGCCUCCCAGGUGGCAGGGCAGCCGCUGAGCCCCUCCCCGCAGCCGUCGCAGCAGGGGCUCAGCCCCUCCCAGGUUGCAGGCAGCUCCUCGCAGGGCCAGGCCCUCCAGCAGCAGCCCCAGAGCACCACGGUCCAGCACACGUACCUCCCCAAUGCCUGGAAUUCCUUCCGCGGCUACUCAUCGGAGAUUCAGAUGAUGACGCUCCCCCCGGGCCAGUUUGUGAUCACAGACAGUGGCGUGGCAACUCCGGUCACCACUGGCCAAGUGAAGGCCGUGACGCCAGGUCAUUAUGUGCUAUCAGAAAGUCAAUCAGAAUUGGAGGAAAAGCAAGUUUCUGCUCUCACUGGUGGAGUCCAGGUUCAGCCAACUGCGCAUGGUGACUUGGACCCCCAGACCACCAGCCAACAGCCCACCCAGUACAUCAUUACCACCACCACCAACGGGAAUGGGAGCAGCGAAGUGCACAUCACUAAACCUUAACUUCCAUCCUCGAGCCAGAAUCAAACAGUCACAUCAUGUCUUUCCUUAUUCAUACGUCUGGAACGUCUGGAAGCCUCUGACUUAGAACUCUUUUUUAAGAUUUAUCACUCAAGAGUUUGGAAAUCACAGUUUUGACGCUUAUACAUACACUGGGGCUUAUUUUAUCAAGGUCAUCUUUACCAAAUGGACUCUUCAAACCCUAGGAGUUUCUGCCACGGAAUGGAGAUCUUUCAGGGGAAAGUAGAUUUCAAGACAGAAAACUUGCCUUGCUCUUGAGUUGUUUUUUUAACACAUAGAUAAGCCUUACUUUUCCUUUGUGGAAAUAUUAAGCAGUGUAUUGUGUUUGUACCAAAGGUGGAUAAAGGCUGUGCCAAGUCCAUGGCCGCUGGACUCGUUGAUUCCAAGCCAUGGCACCAAAGGCGAAGGGGCAUUUUAUGGGCGUGUAUUAGGUCAGAACUGCUUCAUCUUGUGAGUUUGCAUUCUCAGUAACUUAACAAAGGGAGCCCAUUGAAUAUGAAAAUUAAAAUGAUGCAGCAAAGGUUUCAUCAGUGAUGGUCUGAAGGAAAAACUGUUACCUAAAUUUUUCUUAUUGCUGAUUUUUUAAAAACUUGCCUUUUUUGGAAAACCGUUGUUGGGCUAUUGGUAGUGCUUUCCACAGACCCUGGCCUUCAGUGGAGUAGGCCAGAACCUCAUGUUCUGAUAGAUCUUACUUUAUUACUCCACAACUGUGGACUCCCUGUACAAGAAAAGGAUGCUUGGUGUCAACAGAAUUUAGACUCCCAGGUUACAGGUUGGCCUCCCAUUCUCUGGUUGUACUUGUAUGAAGAAGGAGAUAUUGGAGAUGACAGUACCAAGAGAAAUUAUUGAUAGUAAAACAACUAUAUAGAGCGUAAAAAGCACUGAGGCCUUAUCCUGCCUUUCAGGAUCCAUUUACCACUCAUUGGUAAAGGGUGAAUCCUUGCUCAUACUACAUGUACCUGCAACCCUCGCUCACAGCAUGCAGUGUGUUUUAGUACUUCUAAUGCUGUCUUAAAAUGAACAUUCUUUCAGGUUGGAUGGAAAGGUGGUCCUCCUUAUUUCUUAACACUUUCAACUUCAAAUAUAUUGCAAUUCAUCUGGACCUUUUGGUAAGAUGACCAACUUCACACCUAGGGGAAAAAGAAAAAUGUGGGGACCACUUAUAAUAUGUUAGAGUAAUUAUAAGGGAUCUGGAAGGAAUCCAAUCUUAAUAUUACAUUGUCAGUUGGGAGAGGGAGAAAAACUGCCUCGGUGAUAGUUUUUCUUAUCAUUGUUCCUGUUUGGGAGUCUUAUUAGCUAUGAAUUCAAUGAGGAAAAUAUUUCCCUUCUUUUUACUGUACAUUCCAUUGUGCACAUAAAACACUGCAGAAGUCAGUAUGUAGUUUAACAACUUUUUGUGACAUACUAAUACAUUUUUAGAAUAAUUAUGGCAUGAUAGAAUUUAUCAUCCCAGAACAGAAAGACCUACCUUCAGUUUCAAAUGAAGUUAAAUAAUUUAUUUUAUUGACAUUUCCGGGUAAAAACUGGUUCUAUAAAUUAAGAAGUAUAUUAGCUUCUUUAUGGUAAAGAUACCUUUUUGAAAAGUAAACAAUUCUGUGAAGUGACUUUACUAAUAUGUAGACUUUGCACUUUAUUAUUGAGACCUCAUUCAUUUCGUUAUCGCUGACAAUUUAGGCACUAAGAGAACUUGAGAGUUACUUGGUAGUUGUGUAGAAAAUGAAAAUGGACUCUAUAUCUUUGGUAACAGAGGUUAAUGCUGAUGUUUUCAAUAGAAAAUAUUGACUCUGUGUCACAAUAUAGAGAUUUCUGAGUCCCAGAGUCCUACAAUGUGAUGAUUAUGAAUAUCCUAGUGUCCAGUCUAGAGAGACUUGCUAGGUAAAACAUAGUAGACUUUCCCAAAGGUCCAGUUUCGUUUUUAUAACUUCAAUUUGGUCCUGUUGGUUCCUUUUUAAUUUGAACCAGCAAAGGUAUUCCUCCCUCCCCUCAGGAAUAACUUACUGAUUAAAAUGGAAAACUGUCACUGAAUGGAAUGUUCAUUUUAUGCCAGUUAUUUCAAGUUUUAAAAUACACAGAAGAGAAAAAGUAUUGCGGAAGGACCUCUGUUUCUCUCCCAUCUAAGUUCUUUUUUUUCCCUCUUGUUUUUUUGUCCUUAGGUGGAAUAAGUAAAGACUCUAAAACUAAUUUGUAUAUUAUCAACCAGAGAUGCAGGUGUGGCAGUCAAGCCAAACAACACUGCUUUAAGAUCAGGUAUUCUGUAUAUUUAUUCUAAGGUAAUGGCUUUUCAAAAGGACUUGGAUUUGAAGAGAUGGCAGAUUAUAAGCCAUCUGAAGACCCAAUCUGGAAAAAAUGUCUGUAGCCAAUGUUUAUACUGUGGCCUCGCCUAAGACACACUGGCACUGUAGCCUUGGAUCAGUGCAGUGUGAGCAUUUUGGAGUAGGUUACAUAGAGAUUUUACAUUUUUACUGUUUCAUUUGUGCCCACAUAAACAGAUAUUUCAUCAUGUAAAAUUCCUGUUAUUCCGGAGAAACCUAUUGUUCUGAUCUUCUGGAAUUGUUUUCUGAUUUGGAAUUAUCCUUUCAAAAAACUCUUAAGAUAUGUAGGGCUAAAAAGCACUUCAUGAGAUGCUGAAGCUGACCCACAGGUUGAAAAUGUUGACCCUAUCCUGUUAUUUAAAUGUGAACAUUUACUGUACAUUCAGUGAGUUAUAGUGUUAAUAGUCUUGUGUUACUCAGCAGGUGU